CAUUGAGGACAACCCCCCACCCCACCACCUCCCACCACCACCACCUCCACCUCCGUCAAUCGCUCGCAAAUUCCACCUAGGCAAACCAAAAACCAUGGCCAAUCCCCUCUCCUCUCUCUCCCUCUUCUUCAUCGUCGCCGCCGUCGUUCACAGCCGACAAGCCCACUCGCUCACCUCCCCCUCCGACGUCGCCGCCCUCAAGGCCUUCAAGUCCGCCGUCGUCCCCUCCUCCAUCGCCCCCUGGUCCUGCCUCGCCUCCUGGAACUUCUCCUCCUCCGACCCCUGCGCCCUCCCCCGCCGCUCCUACUUCACCUGUGGCCUCUCCUGCUCCUCCUCCUCCUCCUCCGGCGGUCCUGCCCGGAUCACCCUGAUCACCCUCGACCCCGCCGGUUACUCCGGCACCCUCUCCCCUCUGGUGUCCCGCCUCUCCCGCCUCGCCGUCCUCGACCUCUCCGACAACUCCUUCCGCGGCCCCAUCCCCUCCUCCCUCUCCUCCCUCUCCGCCCUAACCACCCUCUCCCUCCGCGCCAACUCCUUCUCCGGCUCCGUCCCCGCCUUAACCGGCCUCAAGAACCUCCGGUCCCUCGACUUCUCGUAUAACUCCCUCUCCGGGUCGCUGCCGAGUUCGCUUAGCUCGCUCUCGAGCCUGACCCGUCUCGACCUCAGCUUCAACCGCCUGACCGGGUCCAUCCCGAAGCUCCCGCCGAACCUGCUCGAGCUCGCCCUGAGGGCGAACUCGCUCUCCGGGCCCCUCUGGAAGGACUCGUUCGCCGAGUCCGUUCAGCUGGAGGUCGUCGAACUCGGCCACAAUUGGCUCGCCGGAGCCCUCGAGCCCUGGCUCUUCCUGCUCCCCUCCAUCCAGCAGAUCGAUCUGGCCAACAACAGCCUCGCCCGCAUCGACGUCGCGACCCCGCCCGCGGGGGGCGGCGGCAGCCUGGUCGCCGUCGACCUGGGGUUCAACCGGAUCGAGGGAUUCGUCCCCGGCAGCUUCGCGAACUACCCGCAGCUGUCCUCGCUGUCGCUGCGGUACAACAGGCUGAGGGGGGACAUCCCGGCGGAGUUCGGGCGGAAGGCGACGCUGAGGAGGCUGUUCCUGGACGGGAACUACCUGACGGGGAAGCCGCCGGAGGGGCUGUUCUCAGGGGAGGCGACGGUGGCGUUCGGGAGCCUGGGGGACAACUGCCUGAGGGAGUGUCCGGCGAGGUCGCAGCUGUGCGUGCCGUCGCAGAAGCCGGACGCGGUGUGCAAGCGGGCGUAUGGUGGAAGACCGAGGUCGUAGCUUCGUGUCAGGUUUCAGUCAGAUUUUCAACGUUAUCUUAUUAUUAUUAUUAUUAUUUUUUGGCCACUCUUGUCUUUUUCCUCUUUUUUUUAUUUAUUUAUAACUAUCAGAGACGUGUAGA